AUGGAUACCCCACUGGAUGAGCUGCAAUGGAAGUCGCCCGAGUGGAUUCAGGCGUUUGGGCUGAGGACGGACAAUGUGCUGGACUAUUUUGCAGAGUCGCCUUUCUUUGACAAGACUGCAAAUAACCAUGUGAUUAAGAUGCAGAGGCAGUUCUCGCAACUACCCAACAAUGGUGCUGCCGCUGGCUCCAUGAACCCCGAGACUAUGCGAGAUGCGCACAGUGAGGACAUGGGCCAGGAGCAAGAAUUCUCGUAUGUGGACCCCAUAAGGAGGGCCAUAUUAGAGAAGUAUGUGGUACAUGCUUUUCUGGAGAGGGAGCUGAUGAAAGUUCGUGGCAUAGAGUAUGUGCUGGCCAAUGUACGAGAGCCUGAUUUUUGGGUAAUAAAGAAGCAGAGGAGGACAUCCCCGACAGCGAUAGAGCCCUUGCAAACAUACUACAUAGUAGGUGCGAACGUCUACCAAUCCCCAACGGUGUUCAAGAUAGUACAAAGUCGUCUGUUAGCUUGUAGUUCCCAUCUAUCUGCUACUCUAGCAGAGCUGAAUAACUUGGUUGAGUUUAAGCCUUCUCAAGGUGUACAGUAUAAGAAUAUAUUGGACAUGCCAGUGACCACGAGGAAGACAGGCAAUACCGCGAACGUCGGAAGUGUCCCUGGAACAAUAAGUGCAAGUCUAAAUAUGCCAAUGGUCAACACAGGAAGAUUAAACAGUGCUGGCGCGGCUACUAUCGGAACAUCCGGAGUUCCAAACAGUGCAGGCAUGACAGGAGCUAACACUAUGGCUACAGGACAAACCGGUGCUACUUCCAGAUUUGAGAAUGGCUCGUCAAGAUCAUCAACAGAUGCAAUUUCCACAGACACACUCGAUAAAUUACUAAUAACCAGUAUGAAAUCAACACCAGAGUACAUAUGA